CAGACUGAAGACAUAUCGUCUCCUUGGUGAAGGCCAUCCAGUCCUAGAAGCUAUUGAAACCAACGACAUUUUGAGCCUUCAAAGCAUGCUCUCACAAAAGCUCGUUUCGCCCUCGGAUCAAACCCCGUCGGGUGAAUCACUGUUCCAUGUGAGUUACCGGUUUUCAUGAUACAGGAGAUACGAGCUUAAGCUAAAGGAAAGUCAGCUUGCUAUAUUGUAUGGCCAUUUGGAUGCUUGCAAAGCGCUAGUGCAGAGUGGUGCAGAUAUCAACGCGCUCGAUAUGUAAUAUGCCCCGAUCAGUUACCCCUAUACCAUCAAAAUGCACUAACCAGCAAGUUUCUAGAUUUGGCUUCGGUUCUAUAGACAUUGCCGUUUGCGCACCGUACCUCUACGACCAUCGAGAACGCCUCGACAUAUUCCGCUAUCUCCUAAGUUUACCCGGCAUCGAGGUCGAGAGUCUGUGGUCAAACGAAUUCUUAAUUCGAAUGGUGUCGUCCGCGAUAGCCGACGGGCAUCUCGAGAUCGAGCCCGAGUGUAUCGAUGAGUUUCUACAAGACUGGGCAUCUGCAUGCCGUUCGGUGGAUUUUGAUUUCAAUAUUCCCGGUGAAGCUACUUUUUCAACCUCUAUUCUAGAGAAAUUCUCACGGCCCGAUCCUCUUCCACAGGAGGGUAAUAAAAGGCACUUUUAUCUUACGACAGCGUUCGAUUCGAUCGUACGGAAUCGAAUUGGGGUCGACAAGAUCGUAAGUGUGUAUGCUGCACAAGCCGCAUCUUGGAUAAGAUUCAGGCUCGAUAGAGCUUAUAAUGAUUCACUCGUAACUAGUGAGGCUUCAUCUGCACGGGCCGUCUUUUAUCGAGGCUAUUACGUGGAGCCCACUGUAGCAAGCAGUGUAAUCUUCUUAGAGAAUGUCAUAUCAAAAGGAAUUCUCGAGCGUCCGGAUUGUAUCUUUGAUAGGGAUGAUGGCAUAACGAUAUCCGAUUGGUUUUAUUUUUCUAAUUGGCGAAGUAUAUGGGAAGGGAUACUAGAAGACCAUGGAUUUGAUCUAGAUUGGGUAUAUGAAGAAGACGAUAGACGAAAACGUAUGAGUACAGGCGAAUCCUCAGCCCAUCAAAUUGGCACUGAAGUAGAUGCCUUCAGGGGAAUAGAGAUAAGGCAGCGAAGGGGUUAUGAUAGGCUCGACGAGUAAAAUAGCUAUAAUAAUGGGAAGAAUGACUCAUAGAUAAGGUAGACAGGUCGUGUUCAACAUAUCAUAGAUUUAGCCAUUCGCUCAGAAAUAAUCAAAUUCAACUUGAAAUUCAGACUCAGCGCUUCUCACUGGAAAACGCUAUUAAACCACCAAUAAAUUCACCACGUAACCCAAUCCCUGAGAACGCACAGGUAAUUAUACAAGGCCCGGCCGCCUGG